GCCUAAUUGUUGACUGUUUCGCAAUACCACAACCCCCUCCUUUUUCAUCAUUGCAAAGUUACUUUUAUUUUCAGUUCAAAGUUUGGCAAAUAUAAAAAUAUAAGCAGCAAGCUACGCCUUUGAGUUUUCAUUGCGCACAAAUUACAAAAACAUUUCUCAACAUCCAGCAUGCAUAUGUAUACUCCGCAGCACACGGGCGGAUCUGAAGCGCGCGUUGCUGAUGUACCUAGCGAAAUCGAUGCUUUUUCGCUCACCUCGUCACCAUUAAGACGGGCUCGUUCACCAGGUAGCGCUGAUGCCGAGCUCGAGCUGAACCCCAAGCGACUGCUCAAGAUAAACAACAAGAAUGCACCGCAGCUUCAGAGCCAGGUUUUGGACCGGCGUCGGUCGUUAGACAUGGGGCUGAGCUUUGGCAACGCUGGCAUCUGGGAAAACAGAUUAAUGGGAAUCCCAGUCGGCUUUCGCGCCGAGGCUCGUGUCAGUCAGCCGCUAGCAUCGCAGUGGCAGGUGGUAUCCGAGAAGGCGACCAAGGCCGUAGUCACCGUGCGGUUUUGCCAGGCCGUGCCCUUUGACACAAUGGACGCCGUGUCCACCGAGGCAUCCGGGUUUGUUGUCGACAAGGCUCGCGGCAUCAUAUUGACUAACCGGCAUAUAGCGUGUGCAGGCCCCUUUGUUGGUGAAGUUUUAUUCCAGAACCGCGAGCGAGUCAACGUUCACACGAUAUACCGCGAUCCCAUCCAUGAUUUUGGGUUCCUACAGUACUCACCCAAGGAUGUCAUCUAUCACGAUGUGCACGAGCUGGCGCUGGAUCCAGCCAUGGCACGAAUUGGCACAGAAAUUCGCAUUAUCGGCAACGACGCUGGUGAAGAGCUGUCCAUUUUGGCAGGUCAGAUAUCCAAGGUCGACCGCAAUGUGCCAGACUUUGGGCCUAUGGCGUACAACGAUUUUAACACAUUCUAUCUACAGGCGGCGGCCAGUUCCAGCGGCGGCAGCUCGGGAAGCCCGGUGAUAGAUAUUUGCGGCAACGCCAUUGGAAUGCAGACUGCUGGGCGAAAUCAAUCAGCCACAGAUUUCUUUAUGCCGUUGGACCGCGUCAAACGGGCGCUCGAGCUGAUUCAAAGCGGCAGGUCCGUGGACAGGGGUGAUAUACAGGUACAUUUUUUGCACAAGCCGUUUGAUUAUGCUAGGCGAAUAGGCCUGUCAGCAGGAUCCGAGGCGCGCGCUCGUGCGCAUAAUGCCACCGAGAUUGGAAUGCUGGUGGCCGAGACUGUACUGCCGCAGGGUCCCGGGGAUCGCGCCGGAAUGAUUGCUGGCGAUGUUCUGGUCAGCAUCAAUGGUCGGAUUGUUUCUGGAUUUGUCGAGCUGAACGACAUAUUUGACAGUAGCAUCGACCAGCAAGUCGCCAUCAUAGUCGAGAGAGAUGGGAUGCCCCUUGAGUUCUUGGUCGUCGUCGAGGAUAUUAACCUCAUCACCCCCGCAAAGUACCUAACAAUGGGCGGUGGUGUAAUACACGACCUGUCCUACCAACUGGCCAGGUAUUACUGCAUGCCGGCUCAUGGUGUUUUUAUUGCGCAGGCGUGGGGCAUGUUCUCACUAAACGAUGUCGGCGAAGGCAUAAUAAUCAAGUCAGUCGACGGCCAAUUGACACCCACGCUGGAGGAUUUCAUCCGGGUAAUUUGCCAAUUGCCCGACCGGGCGCGCAUCCCCGUUGUGCACUACUCUCUAAACGAUAUCAACGAGGUGCGUGUUGAUGUUGUUGAGAACGAGCGGCAUUGGACGGAUAUGGAUGUAUACGUGCGCAACGACCAGACCGGCGUCUGGGACCGGAAUACUAUUAAGCCACCGCGUACAACAAUAGAGCUAGAGCGUAUUGGUGAUGAAAGAGCUCGAGACAUUGAUGAGCAAACAACGCAAUUUGCAACUUCGUCUAGAGCGGCUGUGCAGCAAAUCAUACCGUCGCUAGUACAAGUCCAUUUCUACGUUCCGUGGUUGAUCAACGCAUUUCCAGUAAGUCGGCGCACGGGAACGGGGCUCAUUGUAGACGUAGAGCGCGGCCUAGUAGUCAUCAGCCGCAGCAUCGUCCCCUUUGAAAUGGGUGACCUCUCUCUGACCGUGGCUGAGUCAAUAGUCGUGUCGGCCAAAGUCGUUUACCUGCACCCGACACUGAAUUUUGCCAUUGCAAAGUACAAUCCCGCGGUUCUUAGGAAAACGCCAGUUAGGGCGGCCAAACUGUCGUGCACACCGGUCGUCGAGGGCGACAAGCUACUGCUACACGCAUACAACAGCAGCAGAGGGCUGGCUACAAUGAACACGUCAGUAUCUGUGGUCGAGGCCACGAGCAUACCCAAGCACUCGCCGCCGCGGUUUCGUUCAAUUAACGCGAACUGGUUCAAGCUGGACAUGCGCGAUGCGCAAAAGUACAACACGGGCAUUUUGACCGACACAAGCGAGGGCAUGGUAUGCGGCAUGUGGGUGUCUUAUAUGGGUGAUGGUUACGAGGGCGAGGGUUCUGGAGGUGAGUACUUUUACGGACUGGACGCCCGCUUGUUGAUGCCAGUACUCAGCCAGAUGUCCAUGGGAAUGGCGCCCGAGAUUUGUGUUUUGGGCGUCGAAUUUACCACCAUAUCGCUCGUCGAGUCCAGGCACCUUGGGCUGGAUCGGGCGUGGAUAGACCGUAUCCGCAGUAGCAACGCGUCUGCGCCCCAUCGCCAGCUCCUGAUGAUCAGCCGGGUGGCAUGUGGUAGCAUGUGUUCCGAUGUGCUUGAGCCUCUGGACGUUAUUCUGGAGCUCAACAGCAAUACAGUGACCCAGAACGAAGACUUUUACCACAUAUCGGGGCUUAGCGCCGUGAAUAUGACAGUUUUGCGCAACAAAAAGGUCAUCGAGGUGAUUGCUAGAACCGAUAGGGACUACGGCACAGACACACAGCGCAUUAUCCAGUGGGCCGGCGCUAUUUUGCAUGAACCUCACUUGGCAGUCCGCCAGCAGUGCCGCAAGUUGCCAUCCAGAGUCUAUGUGUCGUAUAAUAUUUACGGCUCACCGGCAUACACGGCCGACUUGGCUCCAACCUCGUUUGUCACGCAUGUCGGCGACGUGGCGACCCCCGAUCUAAACUCGUUCGUAGUUGCACUGCAGGGCCUUUCUGUGGCCAAGGAUGGUUUCAUCUAUGUGCGCAUUAUAGGCAUUGACAUGAUUCCUGAGGUCGUCAGCGUCAAGCUCAACUCACAUUACUGGCCGACUGUCGAGAUUGUCAAAGACGACUCGGCGCCCGGCGGAUGGAGCAAGAUUCGUCACGAUUGCACCGGCAGCGCGGCUGAAUAGAAAUAGAGUUUUUUGGUACAAAAUAGUAUUCGGAAGCGACAAAAUAGAAGCGGC